CUUUCGACCCAUGACGUAAGCCACGCUUGUGCAUGCGCAGGGCGGGGAGACCUUGGAAGGCGGCGGAGGUUCUUGCGGGAGGUGAAAACGUUGGCGGAAAGCAAAGUACAGCGCAAAAAUGCAGAGCUGGAGUCGUGUGUACUGUUCGUUGGCCAAGAGAGGCCAUUUCAGUCGAAUAUCUCAUGGCAUACAGGGAAUUUCUGCAGUGCCUCUGAGAACUUAUGCAGAUCAAACAAUUGAUGCUGAUGUAACAGUGAUAGGUUCUGGUCCUGGAGGAUAUGUUGCUGCUAUUAAAGCUGCCCAGUUAGGCUUCAAGACAGUCUGUGUUGAGAAAAAUGAAACACUUGGUGGAACAUGCUUGAAUGUUGGUUGUAUUCCUUCUAAGGCUUUAUUAAAUAACUCUCAUUAUUACCACAUGGCCCAUGGAAAAGAUUUUGCAUCUAGGGGAAUUGAAAGCUUAGGAUCAUCAUACAGUGUUUGGAGAAUAUGUUGUCACAGUGGUAUAUCAUGUUUAAUUUCGGACUGCAUUUUUCCCAAAGUGUCUGAAGUUCGCUUGAAUUUAGAGAAGAUGAUGGAGCAGAAGAGUACUGCAGUAAAAGCUUUAACAGGUGGAAUUGCCCACUUAUUCAAACAAAAUAAGGUUGUUCACGUAAAUGGAUACGGAAAGAUAACUGGGAAAAAUCAGGUCACUGCUAUGAAAGCUGAUGGCAGCACGCAAGUUAUCGAUACAAAGAACAUUCUUAUAGCUACAGGUUCAGAAGUUACUCCUUUCCCUGGAAUCACGAUUGAUGAAGAUACAGUAGUGUCAUCUACAGGAGCUUUAUCUUUAAAAAAAGUUCCAGAAAAGAUGGUUGUCAUUGGUGCAGGCGUAAUAGGUGUGGAAUUGGGUUCAGUUUGGCAAAGACUUGGUGCAGAUGUCACAGCAGUUGAGUUUUUGGGUCAUGUUGGUGGAGUUGGAAUUGAUAUGGAGAUAUCUAAAAACUUUCAACGCAUCCUUCAAAAACAAGGAUUUAAAUUUAAAUUGAAUACAAAAGUUACUGGAGCUACCAAGAAGUCAGAUGGAAAAAUUGAUGUUUCUAUCGAAGCUGCUUCUGGUGGUAAAGCUGAAGUUAUCACUUGUGAUGUACUUUUGGUUUGCAUUGGCCGACGACCUUUUACUCAGAAUUUGGGACUAGAAGAGCUUGGCAUUGAAUUAGAUCCUAGAGGUAGAAUUCCAGUCAAUACCAGAUUUCAAACUAAAAUUCCAAACAUCUAUGCUAUCGGUGAUGUGGUCGCUGGUCCAAUGCUGGCUCACAAAGCAGAAGAUGAAGGCAUUAUCUGUGUUGAAGGAAUGGCUGGUGGUGCUGUGCACAUUGACUACAAUUGUGUACCGUCGGUGAUUUACACACACCCUGAAGUUGCUUGGGUUGGCAGAUCAGAAGAGCAGUUGAAAGAAGAGGGUAUUGAGUACAAAGUUGGUAAAUUCCCAUUUGCUGCUAACAGCAGAGCUAAGACAAAUGCUGACACAGAUGGCAUGGUGAAGAUUCUUGGGCAGAAAUCAACGGACAGAGUAUUGGGAGCACAUAUUCUAGGACCAGGUGCUGGUGAAAUGGUAAAUGAAGCUGCUCUUGCAUUGGAAUAUGGAGCAUCCUGUGAAGAUAUAGCUAGAGUUUGUCAUGCGCAUCCGACCUUAUCAGAAGCUUUUAGAGAAGCAAAUCUGGCUGCUUCAUUUGGCAAAUCAAUCAACUUUUAAAUUAGAAGAUUAUAUUUAUUUUUUUCUGAAAUUUCCUGGGAGUUUUUGUAGAGAUCAAAUUCCUGAACAGGAUAUGCUCACAGCUCCAAGAAUUUCUAGGACUGAAUUAUGAAACUUUUGGAAGGUAUUUAGUAGGUUUGAACAGAAUGGAAUACUCUCAUCUAUAUUUUAAAUAAAUUUAGUAUUUUAUUUCAGUACAUUAAUAUUGAAAAAAAAGCUACUUAUAGUAGUGUUCUGGAAAAUUUUUUUCAGUGUAUUUUUCCAUGCUGUUUGUGAAAAGUUAAACUUCACUGAAUUUAUGUUAAGUAGCUUUUAUUUCUGCUAUAUUAAAGUUGGAUUUACUUAUUAUUACAUGGAUGGAGCUGGAGUAUGUAUGUGAAUAGCUGUAUCCAAAGCAAGGUGAUCAAGUUAUUUUAAACUUGGUUUUCAUAUUGGAAUCAAGAGUCAUUCAUUAGAAUAAGAUUAAAAUAUGUAUAAACUCAACUCAUGUAAAUAAAGUGGUCUCUCACUUGUUUUAUUUAAUCUCCAAAUUCUUGCAGUUUAGAGGUAGAAUUUAUGUUUAGAUUUUUAAGGUACCAUUGAGGUCUGUAGUCUGGAGUUUAUAAUUCACCAAAUGAAGGAGGUAUAUUUACAAAAUUCAGGUAUUAAAUGGCAACUUAAAUGUAUUACAGUGGGAAAUGAAGAUAUGAAAAUAAACAUUUCUUAAAUAUU